AUGUUGUCUAUUCUUCGAAAGGCGCGGUUGAAGGAUAAGGAGAUGAGGAUCCUAAUGCUGGGCCUGGAUAAUGCAGGCAAGACUACGAUCGUUAAGAGGGUAAUGAAUGAGGAUGUCAAUACAGUCAGCCCGACUUUGGGUUUCAUUAUCAAGACGAUCGAGUAUGAGGGAUAUAAAUUAAACAUAUGGGAUGUUGGUGGUCAGAAAACGCUGAGAUCAUACUGGCGUAACUACUUUGAGAAGACGGACGCCCUCAUAUGGGUCGUCGAUGCGACAGAUCGGCUAAGAAUUGACGACUGUCGAGAAGAACUUCAUGGGCUACUACAAGAAGAGCGUCUCUCAGGAGCCAGCUUAUUAGUCUUCGCUAAUAAGACCGACGUUCAAGGCUGCAUGGACGAGACCGAAAUACUGGAGGGACUACAACUCGAAGCGAUCCGGACACAUCGGUGGCAUAUCCUACGAUGUAGCGCUAUGACGGGGGAGAAUCUGAAGGAGGGAUUGUCGUGGGUGGUUGAAGAUGCGAAGGCAAGAUUAUUCUUGUAUUGA